AUGUUUUUUAUAACGCUGACGAUCUGCCACAUCGUCGCCGGCUCAGCGAAGGUGUUGCACUAUCAAAAUAAUGACGAUUCUGGAAACGACAACAGGCUAUCCGUUUCGGAAACGACUGAAGUGUACAGUGGAACGCCGCUGGAAUCUUGGGAGGACCCGCUAUGGGUUCUACAGUUGCACGAUCCGGAGCUCAAUUUUACACAUUUGAGAUCGGCAACUGUGACCGAAGAAGAGUACUUUGAUGAUAAAAUCGCCCCGAUUUUACACAGAAAUUUUCUACAAUACUUAGAAUAUAAGCAACGACAAGCAUCGAGGAGAGAAAAGAAGGAUGAUCCAAAUAGAUCCUACUCCUCCGAUCUGUUCUAUGACCAAAUACAAGAAGGUCAUAUAAAAGCCAACAGCGACACAGAAGGGGUUGACGAAAAGAGUAUGAGUGAAGCCAAGUACAAAGUGAUGCAAAUGAUCAACAAGUUUGUCUUGUCGUUACAAAAUGAACCCGACACAAACUUACCGGAAGGAAUGGAUGCUUACAAAGAACCUACUUUGACAAAGCGAGUGGAAUUUAACCAAACUGGAGAUAUCGUAGUCGAGACAUUUAGUCCUUUACGCUAUUUAAUACGAAACGAUCGGGGACAAAUUUGUAAUGGCACUUACGCGUUCGGCGAGUAUGGGCGCUAUGCUAUCAACGUUACUUCGGUACUGGCCGACGAGUGCAGGCCGAAGAUGACCGCGGAACCGGACGCGGCCUACCUGCCGAUCCUCACGUUGAUAGUGGUGCUCCUCUCGAUGGCCACGCUGUGGUACGUGGUGAAGGGCAUCGGCAAGAGGGUCGUGGCGGGGAGGCUGUACGCGAGGUACUUCGCCAGGGAGGACAACGAGCUCGGUUCCGAGACACGCGUGCUGACAACGGAGGCGAGUGUACCUCGAUCCCCAACCCGCUCCAGGCUCCGAUCUCUGGACAUCUUCAGGGGGCUGGCGAUAGCACUCAUGAUUUUCGUCAACUCCGGCGGCGGCGGCUAUAGCAUCUUCAAGCACUCGGUGUGGAACGGUCUGACUGUGGCCGACGUGGUGUUCCCUUGGUUCGCCUUCGCAAUGGGCGAAGCCCUGGUGCUCUCUCUGAAUGCCCGCCUGAGGACCUCGAUGCCCAGACUGACGGCCUUCGGUCAGGUGGCGCGCCGUUCGCUGCUGCUCGCGCUAAUCGGCAUCUGCCUGAGCUCCGUGAACGUGUCAUGGGCGGACGUCCGCCUGCCGGGUGUGCUUCAGCGGCUGGCCGCCAUGUACCUGCUCGUGGGCGCAUUGGAGUGCGCCUUCAUGCGGACCAGCCAGAACAUCACGCCCGGUCGCUCUUUGUUCCGGGACAUCACAGCCGGGUGGCAGCAAUGGCUCGCCACUCUUCUUCUCGUGUCUAUACAGAUCUGCAUCACGUUAACCGUAGCUGCCCCAGGAUGCCCUAGAGGCUACUCCGGGCCUGGUGGUCUGCAUCGUACAGCCUUCGGCGACUUUUCACUGAAGAACUGCACCGGUGGCAUCGCUGGCUAUAUUGACAGACUGAUCCUAGGGCCGAUGCACCUUUACAAGAACGGGAGGUACCGGGAGAUCUACCACACGAUGGUGCCUUAUGACCCUGAGGGCAUUCUAGGAGUGCUGUCCGGCAUUCUAGUUGUGCAAGCCGGUGCCCACGCCACCCGUAUCAUGUUGGCCUAUAACCACGCCAGGGCCCGCAUCAUGCGGUGGAUUUUCUGGUCGAUCGUAUUCGGACUGAGCGGUGGCGCCCUCUGCAUGUUCUCCAAGAACGGCGGACCCAUCCCGAUCAACAAGUCGCUGUGGUCCAUCUCCUACUGCCUGGUGACGUCAUCGAUGGCCUUCUUCAUACAGGCAUUGCUCUACUUCCUCGUGGACCUGAAGAACAAGUGGGGCGGUAGGCCGCUGUAUUAUGCUGGACAAAACGCCUUGUUCCUGUACAUUGGCAGCGAACUACUCAAGCGUCAUUUCCCCUUAUACUGGCACGUGCCGGCGCCCACGCACUCCCAGCUGCUGGCGACGCACUCGGCCGCGAUGCUGAUCUGGCUCGCUGUAGGCGUGGCCCUGCACAGGAAACGCAUCUUUAUUACACUC